AUGUUUGGAUCUCAUUCUCCAGUCAUAGGAUUUUCCCCUUCUUCUAGUGUGGAAUUUGUUCCUAUUUUCCCACAUGUAUACACAUCGACUGUUCCACCUCAUGCUGGGAAAAGUUGGAUAGAUAAGAGGCUACCAAACUGCAAGAUAUAUUUAAAUAAUGCAUUUGCUCUGGAUUCAGCAUGGAUACAUCCUGAGGAAUCAAGAAUCUUCCGGGGACAUGAGAAACCUCUUUUGAUGACAAAUCAAGUAGCUAUGGCUAUAUCUAGGCCAGCUACUGCCUCAAGGCCUCUUCCCACAGUGGUGUUAACACCUCAGCCUAUACCAGGUGGUUGCCAGAAUAGCCUUAAACAAGUUGGCAGUAAUCAGACAAUUGCAUUAGCUGCUGCAGCGGCAGCAGCAGCAGCUGCCAUGGUGUCAGUAGAUUCAGAAGCACCUCAGGGACCAUCACCGACCAGCAUCCAACCUUGUCACGUGCUGACUGUGUCGCCCAUCAAGAUACCAGUUUUGACCUCACCUUUUCCAGGUGCUGCUUCUAGAAUGGAUGCCCAUAUGACUCCUUUGAUGCCAACUCAAGUCACCAGGGUAACUGCUGUAUCUACACCAGCUGUGACUUUCAUGGCAACCAAUUUGGUGGAUCAGACAUUAACAGAUAAUGGCAAAGAAUCAAAGAGAGCCUCCUGUCCACGGACCUUGAUUUUACACAGUGACAGGAAAACUAAACCUACAGAGAAUGAUGACAAUAAGGAUCAUUCUUUAAAACUAGUAAAUGAAGAUGACAGAACAUCCAAUGGCAACAAGCCUGUGGCAUCUACUCCUGUUCCAGGAUCACCAUGGUGUGUAGUCUGGACUGGAGAUGACCGAGUCUUCUUCUUCAACCCUACAAUGCAGCUGUCAGUAUGGGAGAAACCAGUGGAUCUAAAGAAUCGUGGCGAUAUUAAUAGAAUUAUUGAAGAUCCACCUCAUAAACGCAAACUGGAAACUUCAGCAACAGAUAAGAGUGAUAGUUCUUGUCCAGAGGAUGUAAAUGAUGAGCACAGCACCAAAAUCAAGAGAAAUAAAACAGAAUAUUCCCACAAUGCUGAUCAGGAGAAGGUUGAAGUUGAAGAGAAAAAUGUAAAAACAUCAGCACAUCAGAUUGUGCUUCCUUUAGAAGAGCGCAUUACCCAUUUCCGAGAUAUGCUUCUGGAGAGAGGGGUCUCAGCAUUUUCUACUUGGGAAAAAGAGUUACACAAAAUAGUAUUUGACCCACGCUACCUUCUACUGAACUCUGAAGAACGUAAACAGAUAUUUGAGCAGUUUGUCAAGACAAGGAUGAAAGAAGAGUACAAAGAAAGGAAAAAUAAAUUAUUGCUAGCCAAAGAAGAAUUUAAAAAACUGCUAGAGGAGUCCAAAUUAUCACCAAGAACAACAUUUAAAGAAUUUGCAGAGAAACAUGGCAGAGAUCAGCGGUUUCGACUUGUUCAGAAAAAGAAAGACCAAGAGCAUUUUUUCAACCAGUUCAUACUUAUUCUUAAAAAGAGAGACAAAGAAAACAGAAUAAGGCUCCGGAAAAUGAGAUAAAAAUUCUGGAAAUCUGCAAUAAGCA